GGGGGCCGGCGCUGAGCUGAGGGAGGGGCCGGGACGCCGGCGCGUCGGUGCCGACGGUCUCCAGGAGGGAGUGAGGAGGAGGAGGAGGAAGAGGAGGAGGUGAGCUCCUCUGGCCUGGUGUGCAGCUGCUGGGAAGAGAGAAGCUGGAGGCCUUCCCCUGUUCCAUCUGUGCCUUUGAAAGGACCUCACUGAGUAGAGUGCGUGACAGGCAAAGCAGAUUGAAGAAUGCUACUACACUUAGGAAAAUCACACUUUGAAAUCUGUCCAUUGGACUGAAGCAGAUAGGAUGGGUUGGAAGAAACACUGCUCAACACUGAGAUCCACAGCCAAGAUUCCCAGACUGCUUUGGUGAAGAGCUCUGAAGCAGCACCACCUGGUAUUUUACUGCUGCCAGUUAUGAAUGCAGGUUUCAGGCAGUUCUGAAGUACUUGGAAAAUGAGUGUCCUUCUCAUUGAACCCUUUUAUGGUGGCUCCCACAAACAGCUGAUGGAUCUUCUCCAGGAAGAGCUACAAGAAGAUUGUGUCCUCUGCACACUCCCAGCCAAGAAGUGGCAUUGGAAGGCACGGACUUCUGCUCUUUAUUUCAUGCAAACAGUGCCAACAAGUUCUAAAUACAGGAUCCUCUUUGCGAGCUCGGUGCUUAACCUGGCUGAACUCGCCGCCCUCCGCCCUGACCUUGGCAAAUUGAAAAAGGUCCUCUACUUCCAUGAGAACCAAUUGGCAUAUCCUGUCCAGAAAUGCCAGGAAAGGGAUUUUCAGUAUGGAUACAACCAAAUUCUUUCAUGUUUGGUCGCUGAUGUUGUGGUGUUCAACUCUGCUUUUAAUAUGGAAUCCUUUCUUAAAUCCAUUGGAAAAUUUAUGAAGCUGAUUCCUGACCACAGACCUAAGGAUUUGGAAAAAAUAAUCAGACCGAAGUGCCAAGUUCUUUAUUUUCCAGUCAGGUUUCCUGAUGUGAGCAGGUUCAUGCCAGAGCAUAAACUUGCCCGUUUGGACAAGGUAAUUGGUGUUAAAAGGAAUGGAGAUGCUUAUCAGUCGGAGGGGCUGCCUGGGCAGGAGGAGAGCAGAGCUGUAAUGGAAACCAGUGAUGCACAUCUUGAGUCUGGACUUUGUGAGCCCCAGCCUGGGCUCUGCACCACACAGCACGAGGGGCUGCCCUCCCCAGCAGCAGCCCCAGUCCAGGCUGAAGCACCACAAAGUACAAAUCCUUGUCAAGGGGAAGAUAAGCAACGUCUGACUUUUAACCUCUCUAAUAUCUUGAGUGGACUGGACUAUCAGCAAAGACCUCUGCACAUUGCCUGGCCUCACAGGUGGGAACAUGACAAAGAUCCUGAAACUUUCUUUAAAGUCCUGAUGAAGCUGAAAGAACAAGAUCUGACUUUCCAUGUGUCCGUGCUCGGAGAGACUUUUAGUGAAAUUCCAGAUAUCUUUUCAGAGGCCAGGGAGGUGUUGGGAUCGUCCGUCUUGCACUGGGGGUACUUGCCCAGCAAGGAUGACUAUUUCCGAGCUCUGUGCACAGCUGAUGUUGUCAUCUCCACAGCCAAACAUGAAUUCUUUGGUGUGGCAAUGAUCGAGGCUGUGUAUUGUGGCUGUUACCCGCUGUGUCCCAAAGCCUUGGUGUACCCAGAGAUAUUCCCAGCUGAAUAUCUGUAUUCUACACCUGAACAGCUUUUUAAAAGGCUUCAGAAUUUCUGCAAGAGACCAGAUAUUGUAAGGAGACAUCUCUAUAAGUUUCAUGGAAUCAAACUCUAGUUCUGGGUGGUUUUGGUUGCCAAGGUAAGCAGAGGAAUGAAGCAAGUGACAACAACAGGGCAUUAGUCAGGGCACACCACAGGACCUGUUAGUGCCCUAUCUAGUAGAUUUAAAGUUAAAAUGAAUAAAAUAAAAUAGGGCAAAACAUUUGUUUCUGCAUUAUUUUCUUAAAGUUUACCUUUUAGUUUCCUCACUUGAGUUUCUUAAUUUAAAACAGCAUGUAUAAAGAGUAUACAGUGGAAAGGGACAAGAAGAGUUGCCAAAAGCCAGGCAUGGAAGGAGCUGACAACUUUAAAUAAUCUCUCCCAGCCCUCCCAGCUGAAUGAGUGCUGGUUGACAUGCUGUCAGCUUCAGUUCCUACAGAAAAAUCCUACUCUCACUCAUGCUUGUUUAAUGGAGAAAAGAAUUUGGCCCACUUUCUGACAUUCAUCUUCUCAUUUCCAUCACACUACAGAAGCUCACCUGCCUAUGAAAAGACACAUGGCGUGAUUUUUUUUCUUUCUGACACCACUGUAGAAGGAAGUCUGCUGAAUUCAAAGGGAUUAAACUGCUGUAAAAUCAAAUUAAGGUCCCAGUUAGACCAUAGACAUCUGAAUUGUUUCCAGUCUCAGGAUUUGGCUCUAUAGGGCAGUUCUAACAAAACUUUUUUUUCUUUCUUUUUCUUUCCUUUUAUUUUUUCUCUGAUUUCAGAUAAAGCAGUAUCUUGAGUAUUUCAGGGAAAUGUGUAGAAGGGGAAAGCUGCUCCUGGUCCAACUUUCAUGUUUAGGCAAAGCUAGGGAAGCAGCAGGAGGCACUCUCAGUGCAAUAUGCAGGGCAUUGGGCUCGUGAGCAUGCAGGGGAGCCUGAUGCCAGAUGUCCCAUCAGUUACUCAGCCUGUUGCUCACAGUUCCUGUACAGGCCAUGUGAGAGCCAAGGAUGGUGCCUCUGCCUUUAUCUUUACCCAAUCCCCAGCAAAACUCCACUGGAAAUUCAUUUUUCCAUAAGCAGCCUGGUCUGGUGGAAGGUGUCCAUGCCCAUGGCAGGGGCUUGGAACGAGGUGGUCUUUAAGGGCCUUUCCAACCCAAACCAUUCCAUGAUUCUACGAUUUGUUUAUGAUGAUGUUUAAAUAAUUUCCUUAAUUAGCUCAGGUUUUCCCCACCUUCAGUUGUGUUGAGUGUCUUCUUGUUCUGGAGUUGAGCAGGAGCUUCCCAUCCAUCUUUAUUGUGCCAUCCAUUAUUUUAUAAACAUUUGUCAAACAUUUAUAGUAUCCCAGUCCUUUCAGUCUCUCCUUGUGAAUGUUAUUCCAUGUUUAUAUUCUAAUCUCUCAUCAUUCAAGCAUCGUUCUGAUGCUUGAGAGCUGUUUUUGUCCCUGGUGUGAUCAUUGCUUUAGAGAAUUCUGGGCCAUGCCAUCAGUUUAUGUGAUGUGUAGUACUCUGAUAAUUCCCAACCUGUUCCUUAUGGAGCCAAUCCUACUGUUUACUUUUUAAUGGUGAAUGUAUAUUGAGCAGAUGUUUGCUUACAGUGUUCUCCAGAUCUUUUGUCCCGGGCUGAUAAAGUUAAUUCAGAGCUUUAUAGGGUAUGCAAAUAGUGCAAGUAUUUCCAUCCAUCCUUCUGGCUUUCUGUUCACUAGCAGAGCACGUUUGUAGAGUUAAAAAAGAAGGAAUUGAAUUUCUGCUUUUACCUGGCUAGCAUUAGGUGCAGGUCAGAAGGAGGUUAGAAACACAAAUGAGAAAUUUGGAUUUGUCUCUUGAGCUGCUCGGUUUCCCGUGAACGUGAUUUAAAAUGGUUUCAGAGGUGGGUUAGAUCUGCUCCUCAGAGUCUGUGGGGGAAGCUUACAGGAACUCUGGAUUGCAGAGCUCUCUGUCCAUGCUCUCCCAUCUCUGUUCCAGUGCUUAGGCGUGUGAUCCUAAGGAAAAUAUGUAAAGAUCCUAAGGAAAAUAUGUAAAGCAUAAGGAUUUUUUUAUGUGAAAUAAAACUUCAUUACAUAUUUGGAGCACAGAAUCACAGACUAGUCAAGGAAGGUGCCUCUGGAGGUCACAAGCCCAACCUCUGCUCAAAGCAGGGCCAGUUUCAAAGUAGGAUCUGACUUCAAAUUUGGAUUAAGUUGCUCAGGAUCACAUCCAGGUUAGACUCAAGUCUUCACACUUUCCAUUCCCUGUGUGUGGCUGAUACAGUGAAGCCCCUGUCUGGCUUAGGAGUUUGCACAGGUGGGAAGGUGCUGGGCUGUGGGACACAAUUUAAGCAUUUUGGGUGAAACUUAGAUGUUCAAGUAACCGUGGUAGAGGGAGGCCAGCCUGGCUAACAUGGAUCUUCACUGUGGAAGAAGUGAGAUGGAAGGAAAGGUGUUGGAGUUGCCUAAUUUUGGGAUCCAGCUGUAGAUAAAUGGAUAUAUGUGCAGAUAUAUGUGUGUGUAGGUGGCCUGCACCUGAUCUCUCUGGGCUUGUCUUGCUCCUGGCUCUUUGAGGUAAAAAUCCAGGAGAUUCCAGCUCUCUGAAAAUCACAGAAUCAUGGAAAUAUUUAGGUUGGGAAAGACCUUUAAGAUUAUUGUGUCCAACCAUUGAUCCAACAUUUCCAUGAUCACCAUGUCCCCAAAUAUUGGUCUGUCGCUCACAGCAGUUGGCUGCACUUGCAGAGUAGGACUCAAGCAGUUAUGGGGGCAAUUUUCACCAUAAACACCAGGACUUGGAACUUUUCAUCCUGACAGUAUUAGAGAGCUUCCAGGGGAGUUUUAGAGAGCAAAUGAAAACUGGCAGAUAAGCCACAGCCACUUCAAAACAGUAGAUGGAGAAAUGGGUCAAAGGAAAUAGGAGGAAAAGUUGCAAAAAGCAUGAAAACUUUUUUUUUUCU